AUGGCCUCAGGGGACAACGGUGACCCACCGAGGGGACGCCGUGGAAGCAAUGAGCGCAGGCUGUCACGAGAACUCAAUCCAGAAGACCAGGUGGCGGAGGAGACGGAGGAGGUGUUUUGCAGCUAUGCCUUCUACCGCUACCAGCAGGAGAGAGAGGAGAGAGGGGAGGAGGUGCCCAUGGACCCGGAGAUCCUGGAGGUCCAGCAGCAGCUGGGCAGCACCGGGAGCGAGGUGGGGAGGCGCUUGGCCAUCAUCGGUGAUGACAUCAACGAGCGGUACGACGCGGAGUUCCGCUACAUGCUGAAAUCCUUGCAGCCCACCAAGGAGAACGCCUACGAGUACUUCACCAGGAUAGCCUCCAGUUUAUUCGAGAGUGGCCGGUUGAUCGCCCUGCUGGGCUUCGGCUACCGCAUGGCCAUCCACGUGUACCAGCACGGCAUCCCAGGCUUCCUCCGCCGCAUCGCUCGCUACGUCACCGAGUUCAUCCUCCGGAACCGCAUCGCCCAGUGGAUCGCCCAGCAGGGAGGAUGGGUGGCUGCGCUCACGCUGGACAAUGUUUACAUGAAGUACAUGCUGGCGGUGGUGGCCCUGGUCAUGGUGGGGCACUUAGUGGUACGGCACUUCUUCAGACCCUGA